CCAACGGUCGUAUUGAUUUACGGUCACAUUAAUUUAAAGCCGCUGUAAACUUGCAAAUCAUUUCGUUCGAUUUUUUACUUGGCGAGUUAAUUGGUAAAUUUAAGCACAAACAUGAGCAGACUAGGCUUUGAGCAGUUCCCGGACUACCAGGUGCCCGGCGUGAAGCACGCGGACUUCUCGCCCUACGAGUCCAACGGCGGCUCCAUUGUGGCCAUCGCUGGAGAGGACUUUGCAGUGAUUGCGGCGGACACCCGGCUGAGCAGCGGCUACAACAUCCACUCGCGCACGCAGAGCAAGCUCUUCAAGCUGUCGCCGCAGACGGUGCUGGGCUCCACGGGCUGCUGGGCGGACACCCUCUCGCUGACCGGUUCGAUGAAGGUGCGCAUGCAGAGCUACGAGCACACCCAUCUGCGCACCAUGACCACGGAGGCCGUGGCCCAGAUGCUGUCCAUCGCCAUGUACAAUCGCCGCUUCUUCCCGUACUACGUGUCCAACAUUCUGGCCGGGAUCGACAACGACGGUCGCGGCUGCGUCUACUCGUACGACCCGAUCGGUCACUGCGAGAAGGCCACCUACCGCGCCGGCGGCACUGCCGGCACCCUGCUGCAGCCGGUGCUGGACAACCAAAUCGGGCACAAGAACAUGAACCUGGCCGCCGGCGAGGCGCCCAAGCUGACCAAGGAGCGGGCCGUAAGCGUCGCCUCGGACACCUUCAUUUCGGCCGCCGAGCGCGACAUCUACACCGGUGACUCGGUGCUGAUCAACAUCAUCACCAAGGACGGCAUUGAAGUCAAGGAGCUGAUACUGCGCCAGGACUAGGCGCUGUCGAGGAUGUGGGCGUCUUAAUUGGUCAGGGCAUUCAGCGGAAACCAGGCAUUCUAAGUUAGUUGGCUUCAAAUUUUUGUAUUUACCCGAAAGAAGGGAAAUCGUAAUAAACUGAAUCUGUGAGAUUUAAUUUCAAAUAUG